UGUCUUGCAGUCGACCACAUCCCAAGGCAUCCCCGCCUUCGCGAUCCGCGUUAUCUCCGUGCUCUUGCCGAGUUGUAUUACGUGUCUGCUCCCUGUUCGUGAGCACACGCGGAGCGGGCUGGGCACUGUCCCUCUGAGGUAAAGGUCGGCGGGGAGGUCGGAAUCAUCAGUGUUUUGUGCGCAAGUUGCAGUCGGCUGCACCCUGCUCGCGUUUAGCCAACGAUCGUGUUCGAUCUCUCACCUCACCUCCUUCUGCCAUAGCCGGAGGUGCCGUCUUUCCCACCAAUUCGUCUUUCCCUCGAUCUAGUACGAGAGAAGAAGGAAGAUGGGUUCCGACGCUUCCGCCGCUCCCUUGGUCGUGUCUUUCGGCGAGUUGCUGAUCGACUUCGUCCCGACCGAGAACGGCUUGUCGCUCGCGGAAGCGCCCGCCUUUAAGAAGGCCCCCGGCGGCGCGCCGGCCAAUGUGGCUGCGGGGAUUGCUAAAUUGGGCGGGAAGGUUGCUUUUAUCGGCAAGGUCGGGGAUGAUGAGUUCGGCCGCAUGCUGGCGGGCGUAUUGGAGUCGAACAACGUCGAUGUCUCUGGCAUGACCUUUGACAAAAAUGCGCGAACGGCGCUGGCCUUCGUGACUCUGAAGAUGAACGGCGAGCGGGAAUUCAUGUUUUACAGGAAUCCCAGCGCCGACAUGUUGUUGACUCCUGAGGAGCUGGACAGGAAGCUCAUCACCGACGCCGCCAUCUUCCACUACGGGUCGAUCAGCCUUAUCACAGAGCCCUGCCGGUCAGCGCACAUCGAGGCCAUGAAGAUUGCCAAAGCGGGAGGAGCUAUCUUGUCUUACGAUCCGAACCUCCGUCUUCCCCUCUGGUCGUCCGCAGAGGCCGCCAAGGAAGGUAUCCUUAGCAUCUGGAAUGAGGCGGACAUAAUUAAGGUGAGUGAUGAGGAGCUCAUGUUCCUGACUGGCGAGAAGGAGGUCAGCGAGAAGGUUGCUCGCAGCCUGUGGCACGAUGGACUGAAACUCCUCCUGGUUACCCGUGGAGAGGAUGGUGCUGAUUACUACACCAAUUCCUUCGGCGGACAUGUGGACUCGUUCAAGGUCAAAGCCAUCGACACUACUGGGGCAGGAGACGCAUUUGUCGCCGGAUUGCUUGUCCGCGCUGCCGCGGAUCCUUCGAUCCUUGAGGACGAAGCGAAACUCAAGUCCACGCUGCGAUUCGCGUGUGCGGCGGGCGCUAUCACCACUACUGAGAGAGGCGCUAUCCCAGCUCUCCCUACCCCUGACGCUGUGCUCGCACUGCUCGCUAAGGAAGCUGCUAUCUGAUGAGUGUUGUGAUUGCCUUAUUAGCUUGACAUAUUCCAGCUCAUUCUCUCUCCUUUUCCUCUGUGUGUGUGUGUGUGUGCGUGUGUGUGUGUGUGUGUGAGAGAGAGAGAGAGAGAGAGAGAGAGAGAGAGAGAGAGAGAGAGAGAGAGAGAGAGANGAGAGAGAGAGAGAGAGAGAGAGAGAGAGAGAGAGAGAGAGAGAGAGAGAGAGAGAGAGAGAGAGAGAGAGAGAGUUCUUUCCGGUUAAAUGACGUGCGUCUGAGGAUAAAUGACGUGCGUCGGAGGAGGAGAAGUUGUGGGAAAGGACGUGGAGGAGGGUUUAGGGUCGUGAGAAGAACGAGUGCAGCGCGGAGGUGUUCUCGAUGUGAGGACGACGCGGAAUUAUGGCAUCUUUCUAUCGUGGCUAUUGAGUUGUUUCGUCGAGUGACCGCGGCCUUUCAAUUUUGUCGCGUUAGGAAGUUUUGAUAUAGUGGUCUCUGAGGCGGUCGUGGCGCUGGAUUUCGCCGGGUUUUGACGGCUCGCUGUUCUUUCGAGGAGAAUCGUUAGUUUAAGAGUAGUGAGUAUGAAAUUUGCUGUUCACCUCGGGUGAAUCAUUCUUUUUCGCGUUUUAAAGUUCUCAUGUGGGCACAAUUUCUUUAAAAUAAUGGUCUGAAUUUUCAGUUCAGAGUGUC